AUGCCGAACGCCGCCUUGAACAAGCAGAACGGCUGUCCACUCCGCAUGCAGCCAUGCGGGGCCGUGAGCACACCUGGUGCGACUGACCAUGCGCAGGAAGCUUUGGCAAGUCGCCAAUAUAGGUCAAUAAAUAAGGUAGUUCGCACUACAGCAGAGCAGUACGUCGUCCCAUGGGUGCGGUACUCGGCGCUGGCAGCUGAUAGGACAACGAGGUGCGGCACCAUACUGCUGCUGGGGCAGGGUAGAGUUACAAUGUUGGCGAGCUGUGCCGGAGUGAAGACAGACAGCUCGCGACGGAACUACAUGUUGGACCGCCCAGGGGGGCGACCGUAG